AUGGCCGAUGGCCGACGGGCGAGCCGAGAGGAGCUGUGCUGUGGCGGUCUAACGCCCGAUUGCCGCAAGCUUGGCAAGGCAGUUGCGGAGAUUGCCAGGGCAAAGCAAUGGGCAGCUGCCAUCGCUUUGCUUCAGGAUGCCUGGGCCGGCAGUGCUCAGGUCGAUGUAGUGACACUGGGCGCUGCUGUAUCAGCAUGCAGGGUGACGUUUGGCUGGCGCUGGGGUUCCGAGAUCUUGGCCAUGGGCCUGCGCCGCGGCUUCGGCGGCAUGAGUGCCGUGCUCCGGGGCACCGCAAUGGGUGCGGUCCGCGUGGGAGGUACGUGGACGUCGGCGCUGACGCUGGUAGCCGGCUUGAAGGACCAGUCGGUCCGGGCCAACGCUGUUCACCUCAGCACCGCGGCCGCUGCUGCUUCCGAGGUUUUGGGGAGCUGGGGCGUGGCUGUGGCGCUGCUUCAGGCGGAGAGAGGCAUUGUGCUGGACCCACCGGCAGUUAGUUCGCUGGUGGCUUCGCUGAGCAGGGGGGAGAAGUGGCAAGGAGCUUUGAACGUGUUCCUUCGGCACACGGAGACCUUGACAGUUCGGUUGGCCAACGCUGCGCUCACUGCCAUGGAAGCAGGUGAACUGUGGCCGGCGGCCUCGGCUCUACUUGGAGAUCUUCGGCAAGCGCGCCUACGGGCAGAUGUGAGAGGUGUCAACAGCGCUGCGAGCGCAGCUGCGCAGGGUGUGGGCUGGCGAUGGUCGCUGCACUUGCUGGAGAGGUCACGGCACGAUGCUGCAGGCCGCGAUGUCGUUGGCACCAACGUGGCGCUGGCGGCCCUUGGCCAGGGUCGACACUGGGGCUCGUCCCUGUCGCUGCUCCGCGCUUUUUGUGAUCUCCGCCUCGCGCCCGAUGUCACCUCCUUUGGCACCGUGACAAGCUCCUGCAAACGAGCAGGCCGCGUGGCCUUGGCCCAGGAGCUGUUGACGGAAGCUGGGCGGCGAGGCUUUGUGCUGAGCGCCACCAUCUAUGGCGCCGUGCUGGCCGGAUGCACUUGGGCCACAGCUUUCGCACUCCUCCACGCAGCACGUGGUGCUUUGGUACAGACCGAUGCCGCCCUUGCGAAUGCUGCAGCCAGUGCCUGCGAGCCUUUUGGCGCCUGGCAGAUGGCCACUCGCCUCCUCCAUUUCCUUGGGCCGGAGGCCAAUACUCGCACCAUCGGUGCUGCGACGGCAUCCUGUGUGGCGGCUGGUGCCUGGCUCACUGGUCUCAGGCUACUGUCGGCUGGCAGCUGGAGGGCGCUGCCGGCUGGUCCAGUUGCCCGCGCUGCAGCUGCUGCGGCAGCAUGGCAGGCGGGCCGCUGGCGCCAGGUGGUUGCGCUGCUUACGCACUGUGGGCGUGCUGAGAAGCAUCGUCUGGACAUCCCUGGAGCAGUGCUGGCUGCAAGCUGCCUCGAGGCGCAGAGCUCGACUUUUACUUUACCAAGGCUCCUGAGGGAGGUGGCCGUAUCUGCUGACAAGCUGAUUCUGUACUUGCUGGGACGGCUCGAGCUUUAA